GUGGUUUUUCGUGGAGGAGAGGGUGCACUUCAGAUUUUACCACCACUGAUUGAUGUGAUUCCGGAAGCAAGAUUAAAUCUCGUAAUCUAUCAUCUACGACAAGACGAUGUGAAUGAGGCUUAUGCACUGAUAAAGGACGUUGAGCCAACGACACCGCAGGAGUACAUCUUGAAAGGUGUUGUCAACGCCACUCUGGGUCAGGACACGCAAUCUAGAGAACAUUUGAAAAUUGCUCAGCAAUACUUUCAACUAGUUGGGGGCUCUGCAAGUGAAUGUGGUAAGGUUAAUAUUAAGCAGUGUAUGAGUAGCAGUGCGUGUGUAGCAGUACAUGUGCAGUUCAUGUGUAGCAGUACUUGAGCAGCAGUGCAUGUGCUGCCAUGCAAGUGUAGCUGUGCAUGUGUAGCAGUGCAUAUGUACUGUAUCAUUGCAUGUGUAGAAGUGCGUGUGUAGCGGUGCAUUUGUAUUCAUGUGCUUGUGUUGCAAUGCUUGUGUAAUAUUUUGUGUUUAACAAGGUGUUUAGAGAAAUACAUAAUAAAACAAUACUUUUGAUUUGAUUUGAUUUAUUUUGCAUUCAAUAUCACACACAUAACAAUAACAUUUUGAGAACGAACAUAAAAAAGCAGAUGAAAUAAAAAUUGAAUGCCUGGAUAACCCAUUAAGUCUAGUGAUUGUACACCAGACUUAUUUCCAAUGGGGUCCAGAAGCCAGGGUAAUUAUUGCACAAGAGCGAAUAUUUACAGAUAGUGAUCUAGAAAGGUUUAGAAUAUAUAGUAAAAUAUAUAAAAUAGGAACAUAGGCCAAUUUAAAAUUAAAAAU